AACCAAAUGCCUUUUUUCUCCCUAAGUCAUUCGCUCCCUCUCUCUCUCGCGGGUGUCGCCUUCGUUCUUCAGGGGCGCAAGAAUCAUCAAUUUCAGCGUCGGUCUCGAGAAAGGGAAUCGAAUCGAUCGAUGGCGUCGCAUCUGUGUCGAGCGGUGAUCAGAUCGUCGAGAUUGGCCUCCACCGCCGUCGGCAGAAGCUUCAGUAGCGAAGUAACCCAGCCCUCCUCCAAAUUUCCUCUCAUCAGCGAGCACACUGCCAAAUGGAUGCAGGAUACUAGCAAGAAAUCUCCAAUGGAGUUGAUCAAUGAGGUCCCGCCCAUCAAAGUCGAAGGCAGGAUAGUUGCUUGCGAAGGAGACAGCAAUCCUGCGCUGGGGCACCCAAUUGAGUUUAUCUGCCUCGACUUGGAUGAGCCUGCUAUCUGCAAGUAUUGUGGUCUGCGCUACAUUCAGGAGCAUCAUCAUUAGCAACCCGUCCUUUUCUUGUUUUUUGAUAGCCAAAACGACAUCCCUGGAUGGAUGUCUGGUAUUUGUCUUUGGAUGACAUGCCCUUUUUGGGGCGAACUAGUGCAUUUGUAUUGACAAUAAGGGUUAACCCCCCAGGGAUCAACUUUGUAAUUGCAUUUGUGAACGGAAUCGUCUUGCUAUUUUCUUAUUAAA